UUUUUUUCUCUCCUCUCUUGCUCUCUCUUUUCAGUUUCUCUCUGAUCCCAGGGGAGGGGAAACGGGAAUAGUGAGAGAUCAAAAAUAAACCUCUUAUGUCAAAGCCGGGAAGGAAGUAUAAAUACGAAGAGCUCGGCAGCCCACUCGGUGCUUCCCGGGGUGUGGAGGAGGCGGGCGUGAAGGGCGCGCACGCGGCCAGGGCGCCAGCUGCUGCAGCUCCACUGGCCGGGCGGGCGCGAGCCUGAGAGGCUGCCUGGGGACCGCCGCCGCUAGACGCCCACCGGACACACGCCCGGCCAGCCGCCGAGCGCCUACCCGCGAGGACAGCGGCCGGGCCGCCCGCACCUGCCCGCGCCGGGCCCCCUUCCUGCGCCUUCCGCGCCGCCGCCGCAGCCCCCAUGCCCCGCGCCGCCCCCCGGUGGCCGCCGCUUCUGCUGCUGCUGCUGCUGCCGCCGCUCACCCGCGGCGCCCCGGCCCGGCCCGGAGGCAGGGGGCCGGCCUCCGCGCUCGUGGUGCCCAAGCGGUUGCAGAGCAUCGCCGGGGAGGUCGCGCUCCACCUGUCCGCCUUCGGCCGCGACUUGGAGCUGCGCCUGGAGCCCGAUGACAGCUUCCUGGCGCCGGAGUUCAAGAUCGCGCGCCUCGGGGGCUCCGGCGGGGCGGCCGGGCGCGAGAGGGAGCUGCGCGGCUGCAUCUUCUCUGGCACGGUGAACCGGGACCCCGAGUCGCUGGCGGCCGUCAGCCUCUGCCGCGGGCUGAGCGGCACCUUCCUGCUGGAAGGCCAGGAGUUCACCAUCAAGCCCCAAGGCGCUGGGCACUCCCUGCAUCAGCCACACCUCCUGCAGCGCUGGGGGCACGUGCACCCCGCCACUGCAGCCCAGCCCCUGUCCAGAGCGUCUGAGAGGGAGGCGCAGAAGGGAGAGGGUGAGAGGCAAGAGAGAAGAGCCGGCACAGCGGAGGAGGACGAAGAGGGCCAAGAAGAGGAGGAAGAAAGUUCCAGCGAGCCACCACCAACCCUGGGGGCCAAGAGCAGGACCAAACGGUUUGUGUCGGAGGACCGCUUUGUGGAAAUGCUGCUGGUGGCCGAUGCAUCCAUGGCUGCUUUCUACGGAGAGGAUCUAGAGAACCACAUCCUGAUGCUGAUGUCCAUGGCCGCCCGCAUCUACAAGCACCCCAGCAUCGGUAACUCCAUCAACCUGGUGAUGAUAAAGUUGGUGAUCAUGGGGGAUGAGAAGCUGGGCCCCGAGGUGUCAGACAACAGCGGGCUGAUACUGCGUGACUUCUGCACCUGGCAGCGGGACGCCAACCAGCCCAGAGACCGGCACCCCGAGCACUUCGACACGGCCGUCCUGCUCACCAGAGAGAACCUUUGCGGGCAGGAGGGCAGGUGCGACACCCUGGGAGUGGCCAACGUUGGCACCAUCUGUGAACCCAGCAAGAGCUGCUCUGUGAUCCAGGACCAGGGCCUGCAGGCGGCCUACACUCUGGCUCACGAGCUCGGGCACGUCCUUGGCAUGCCCCACGACGACUCCAAGCUUUGUACUCGGCUGUUCGGGCCCCUGGACAAGCACCACAUGAUGGCGCCGCUCUACGUCCAGCUGAACAAAACACGGCCCUGGUCCCCCUGCAGUGCCUCGUUCCUCAGAGAGUUCCUGGACCGUGGGUACGGGGACUGCCUUUUGGAUGCCCCCUCCUGGGCCAUGGCCCUGCCCACAGACCUCCCAGGCCGCAGGGCCCUCUAUGACCUGGACCAACAGUGCAAGCAGAUCUUUGGGCUGGGCUUCCGCCACUGCCCCAACUCCUCUGAGCAGAACACCUGCGCGCAGCUCUGGUGCCGCAUUGAUGGCCCCGACCCCCUUUGCCACACGAGGAAUGCCAGCCUGCCCUGGGCCGACGGGACACCCUGCGGGCCCAGGCACCUCUGCUGGGAGGGCAGCUGCCUACCUGAGGAGGAAGUGGAAAAGCCCGAGGCUGUGGUGGAUGGAGGCUGGGCCCCGUGGGGACCCUGGGGUGCAUGUUCACGGACCUGCGGAGGAGGAGUACAGUUUUCAUACCGCGAGUGCACCAGCCCCGAGCCUCAGAACGGAGGGAAGUACUGCCUGGGUCAGAGAGCCAAGUACCAGUCGUGCCACACCGAGGAGUGCCCCCCGGACGGGAAAAGCUUCAGGGAGCAGCAGUGUGAGAAGUUCAAUGCCUACAAUUACACAGACGUGGAGGGAAACCUACUGCAGUGGGUCCCCAAGUAUGCGGGGGUGUCCCCCCGGGACCGCUGCAAACUGUUCUGCCUAGCCAGGGGGCGGAGCGAGUUCAGAAUAUUUGAGGACAAGGUGAUCGACGGCACCCUGUGUGGACCCGAUACUCUGGCCAUCUGUGUCCGUGGCCAGUGUGUCAAGGCUGGCUGUGAUCACGUGUUGGACUCACCUAAGAAGCUGGACAAGUGUGGGGUGUGUGGGGGCAAAGGCGACUCAUGCAGGAAGGUGUCUGGCUCCUUCAGUCCCUCCAGUUAUGGCUACAAUGACAUCGUCACCUUCCCGGCUGGCUCCACAAACAUUGAUGUGAAACAGCGCAGUCCGCCGGGAGUUCAGAACGAUGGCAACUACCUGGCCUUGAAGACCACAGAUGGGGAGUACCUGCUCAAUGGAAACAACGCCAUCUUUCCCACAGAACAGUACAUCCUGCUGAACGGGACUGUCCUCAGGUACAGCGGUGCCUUCACCUCCCUGGAGCGGCUGCAGAGCUUCCAGUCCCUGCCCGAGCCACUGACCUUACAGCUCCUGAAGGUCCAUGGGGAUCCCCUCAAGGUCAAAUAUACCUUCUUUGUCCCUGACGAUGUGAACUCCAGCAAACAGAGCAGCAGAGAGAGGACAACCACCAAUGUCAUUCAGGCCCUGCUCAACACGCAGUGGGUGCUGGGGGACUGGUCUGAAUGCUCUCACAGCUGUGGGGCUGGCUGGCAGCGGCGGACAGUGCAGUGCCGUGACCCCAGCGGCCAGACCUCUGCUGCCUGUGACGAGGCUCUGAAGCCUGAGGAUACCAAGCUCUGCAGAAGCCUGCCUUGCUUCUCGUGAUCCAGAGCAGGUGACUUCUGCUCAUGGACUCGGGGUGUGGGGUGUAAACAAGGUCGCACUAUGGUGACCCCACAUCUGGAGGUGGUAUUGCCAGCCUACCCAGGCCUUACACCGCCAUGGCCCUCCAUCUGGGCGUGAAUCUGCAAGGGGAGGAGAGGAGAGCGGAGACAGACCACAGAUGCUGUGGGGUGGACCCUCCUUGGUCCAAGUAGAGGGCAUAAGGUAAAAGGGACACAAACAGAAGAUUCGUUCAGCCUGUUUGAAAGGGGGAAGCAAAGUUAAAUGAAAAAACUGUUUUCUACUUGGUUCCCUUGAUAAAUAAUCUACCUCAGUGAGGAAAAUAUUAGUCACAGAGAGACGGGGAGUUGGGGUGAUGGUGAGCAUCACGGCAAGCCCUGUAUUUGCGCCCUGAGGUGUCUUCAGAGAUGACCGGGACUAUCUUCAGUAUUAAACCCAUCGGCUGGAGGGCUGCAAGCCCAGAACUGUGAAGAGCCCCGUGUUCUCAGGCUCCCACCUGCAGGGGUGGAUCCACUUCAAGUAUUUAUGCAAAUGUGUCUCUGAACUAAAGUGUGCUCUUGUGCCAAUGCAA